UCGAUAUCGUUUUAGCAGUGUAAUUGUAGACACGUAUUGGUCGACAAAAUUUUGUACUGUAUAAAUAAUAAAUAAACAGGAAAAAAGAACAUUUCAUGCUGACACGAUAGCAAUAUGGUUUAUAUUGACCGCAACGGUCGCGUGUGGGAGAAGCGUCCUUGGAAUCUGGAACGUAUUCUCGAGAUAUUUGUAGGGCUUUGGUAUCUCAUAGUGCAAUUUGUUCAAACCCUUUUGGCGCCGUUCAACGGUGGCAACGACAAUAACCGCAACACUGCACGUCGCAAUGGUGGUUGGGGAAGCGGAGGAGGAGGAGGAGGUGGUGGUGGUGGUGGAGGUGGAGGAGGCGGCGGCGGCAGUGGUGGAGGAGGAGGUGGUCUAAGGCCCAAUCGAAGGAUUGGACGCAUACAACAGAGUAUGGAUUGCGGAUCAUGUUCCAUGGGCGGUGGAUGAGGAUAGUAGCGGCGUCUUAGAGUCCCAAAUGCUCAGUCGCCGCUGAACUCAGCGUAGGCAUAAAGAAUAUAGUUAAUGGUCCAUAUCUGUAUUAAAUCUAGCAGUAUUUUGCGCAUAUGACGCAAUAUUCAUAAACUCUUAAUUUGAGUGGAAUAUUGCUGAUACGGUCUAUCCGGAUAUUUUGGGUUUUAUUCUUUUUUCCUACGCUUUAAACAAUUACCGCUCUCAAUUAAGGCUAACCCUUUUUCCAACUUCGAAUUUUAGUUUCUUACUGCCGAUAAUAAUAGUAAAUAUGAUAACAACUGCUAUAUGGAAUCUAUCAGGCUAUCCUAUACCACACUAUUUUCUUUAAAUUGUA